AAGCAAUCCUGCGAGUUAUCCGCUAUACUAUACUACACGUAUAAAAAACAGCCCGCGGCGCGGCCGCCGCUAGAGGGCCCCGCUGCCGAGGAGCGGCGCGUCGUCGUCGUCGGGUGCGCAGUCGACGCUCUUGGCGCACAUGCCGCACCAGAAGGCCCACGUCCACCACGCCGUGCCCGCCUCGGCCGUCCGCCACAGGGUCGACGCGCCCUUGGCGCCGAGGGCGGCGGCCACGAGGAUCGCCACCAUGCAGUCGACCCACCAGAUGUCGGUGGUCUCCUCGAUGACCGCGCUGGCGAGCACGCCCGUGGACAUGAGGGCGCCGGCCAGGGAGCACAUGCCGUCCUUGCGCAGCGCCGGGGACUUGAUGGCCGUGCCCACGUGGAGCUUGGCGCCGCCCAGCGCGACGAAGAGGACCGUCGACGGCGUGUAGAGCACGAUCAGUUCGACGAUGUCGCGGUCGCGCUCGUGCAGGGCGAGCUCGCGGCCCGCGUCCACGCACACGACGACGGCCAGGACGACGAACAUGGCGCUGAUGCCCGCGUCGGCGCGCUUCUCGCGCCGGUCCAGGACGUCCUUCGGGACGCCGUCGCCGCCGCCCGAGAAGCGCCACAGCACCAGGACGCUGCCCAGGAAGUCGACGCAGUUCUCGAGCGUGUAGCCCAGCGCCGUCGCGCUGUCGGUCUGGCCCGUCGACACGGCGCCCAUGAUCACGGCGACGCCGGAGGCGACCAGCGAGACGACGGACAGCUCGUACGCCUCCCGGAUGCCCGGCCGCUGCCAGUCGAAGCACCUGGCCCGCUUCUUCGCGGGCGCGUCGAGGUCGCGCGCGCGGAAGAGCACCAUGCCGCGCGAGGGCCGGGUUUAGCGAGCGAGAGACCGAGCUCGAUGCGGAUGCGGCGGCGGGCGGGAUGACCGGUUACCCGCCACCCGACGCGCCCACGCGUACGCCGGCCGUGGCGUGCAACCCGCACUUGCCCGCGGCGCAGCGCGCCCGCUGCCCCGGUCCCGCAGGCGAGUCCAGGGAUCCCGCUGGUCGCCCUCGACGGGCGCGUUUGGGCCCGACGGCCUGCCAAGACGGCCUGCGCUUUCGUGCGCUUGGUGGGA